CUUUGUCAAACCUGAAGAUUGUUGAAGUGGUCCUGCUCUGUCUGAAGGCAGCACUGGCGCCCGAGCCUUGGCGGUUUGCUUUUCUCACCAUGAACAAGUGUUCCUGCGAUCACUUUUUGCCGUAUUCUCGUCUCCACACAGAGUUAGGUUGGCUGGCCGGCGCUCUCGAGCGCAGUAUGGUUAGGAGGACUUGGGACCGCAACAACCAAAACACUGGCAAGGUCCGGCAAAUCAAAUGGAAUGGAAACACCAUCGGCUGUCUUUGCCCUGUCAGAUCCCCGCUGCCGGCCCCGGAGCCGCUUGGCACCCUAACGACAUGCUGUCCUACUGCAGUUGUUGGAGCAGAUUGUCAGGCAGACGGCCUUUUGACUGCAGGCGACCGUCUCAAAGGUCAGUGACUGGAACGUUCAAGACAACAAUAUCCUCCCAGACCACUUGGAUAUUGCCACUUUCCUUUUGUGAGACGGGAAAAGUUCAUGUACCGGGGCAACAAGGCAAACGCUUCUAGUCACAUGAGCAGUUGGGUGUACUGAUGCCAUGUUUCCAGUCAUAUCAAAGUACGCCGUACCCUUCUUUCCGGUCCGAGUUGGAUACGUGACA